CAAUUCCUUUCUCACUGCACCAUUUCUCCAAUUCCCCUUAGAGAAUUGAUGCAUUCAAAAGAAAUACAAAAAAUAAGGAAGAAAACGUUCUAGCAAGAAAAAAUGGCACGUAAAAUUAUGAUUCUUGCUCUCGUGUUCUUCGCCAUGGUCUGCAUGGCCUCCGCCAUUGAUUAUGCUGCAGCAGCUUUGAAAGACGCAGCGGAUGCUCCAAUUCCGGUUGAAAACAACAGUAUCAUUGGUACUAUCAAUGGAUCCUAUGAAAAUGGAGCUGUAGCUGCUGCACCUGUUGGUGCACCAAUUUCUGGAAAUACUUUCCCUAACAUAACCCUACCACCAGCACCCAAUACUAACGGUGCCACCACUAGCACCCCAGAUUUCAUCACCAUUGCCACAACUAUUGUUUCUGCUGCUGUUGCUGGUUCAUUCUUUUUUUGAAUGAUAACUAAUCAAGAAUCCAACAUGAGUGGAGCUUAAAUCCUUGUUUAACAUCUUUUUUCUGGUUACAUAUUUUCCUGUCUUUAAUCCAUUUGGAGUUAUGUUACAUGUUAUCUUGGACAAUAUGUAAAAGACAUCAUCUUUGUAAACCAUGAAAUUUAAAUGAAAAAAGAAAAAUGAUUGAAUCGAA